AUGGCAGAUACUCUCAGUGAUACCUUGAAGAAGUUGAAGAUAACAGCUGUUGACAGAACCGAAGAUAGUUUAGAAGGAUGCUUGGAUUGUCUGCUUCAAGCCCUGGCUCAAAAUAAUAUGGAAACGAGUGAAAAAAUCCAAGGAAGUGGAAUACUUCAGCUGUUUGUAAGUCUGUUGAUUCCACAGUCUUCCUGCACAGCCAAAGUAGCUAAUGUCAUAGCAGAAGUAGCCAAAAAUGAAUGUAUGCGUAUUCCAUGUAUGGAUACUGGAUUGACUUCACCAUUGGUGCAGCUGCUAAAUAGCAAAGACCAGGAAGUGCUACUUCAAAUGGGCAGGGCUCUGGGAAGCAUAUGUUACGAUAGCCAUGAGGGCAGAAGUGCAGUUGAUCAAGCAGGUGGUGCACAGAUUGUAAUUGACCAUUUAAGGUCACUAUGCAGUAUAACAGAUCCCACCAAUGAAAAGCUCUUGACUGUCUUUUGUGGUAUGCUGAUGAACUACAGCAAUGAGAAAGAUUCCCUUCAAGCUCAGCUUAUCAAUAUGGGUGUUAUACCUACCGCAGUGAAAUUACUGGGCAUCCAUUGCCAAAAUGCAGCUCAUACAGAAAUGUGUCUUGUUGCAUUUGGUAACUUAGCAGAACUUGAGUCAAGUAAAGAACAGUUUGCCAGUACGAACGUUGCUGAAGAGCUAGUAAAACUCUUUAAGAAACAAAUAGAACAUGAUAAAAAGGAAAUUAUUUUGGAAGUUCUUUCUCUACUGGCAGAAAAUGAUGCUAUUAAACUACAUCUGGUUGAAGCAGGCCUGGUAGAGUGUCUACUACAGAUUGUUCAGCAGAAAGUGGAUAGUGACAAAGGGCAUGAUAUUGCUGAGCUCAAAACCGCUUCAGAUCUAAUGGUUUUUCUACUUCUUGGAUUUGAAUCCAUGCAGAAAUUAUUUGAAGAAGGAAAAGGUAAUGUGUUUCAAAGGGUGCUGUCCUGGAUUCCAUUAAAUAACCACCAGCUACAGCUUGCUGGAGCAUUGGCAAUUGCAAAUUUUGCCAGAAACGGUGGAAACUGUAUCCACAUGGUAGACAAUGGAAUUGUAGAAAAACUUAUGGAUUUACUGGACAGACAUGUAGAAGAUGGGAAUGUAACUGUACAGCAUGCAGCAUUAAACCUCAGAAAUCUCGCCAUUCCAGUUGUAAAAAAAGCAAAGAUGUUAUCAGCUGGAGUCACAGAGGCAGUUUUGAAAUUCCUUAAGUCUGAAAUGCCUCCAAUUCAGUUCAAACUUUUGGGAACCUUAAGAAUGUUAAUAGAUGCACAAGCAGAAGCUGCUGAACAACUGGGAAAGAAUGUUAAAUUAGUGGAGCGUUUGGUAGAAUGGUGCAAAGCCAAAGAUCAUGCUGGUGUGAUGGGGGAGUCCAACAGACUGCUGUCUGCCCUCAUUCAUCACAAUAAAUCAAAAGAUGUAAUUAAAACCAUUGUACAGAGUGGUGGCACCAAGCAUCCUGUUACCAUGGCAACUAGUGAACAUGUAGUAAUGCAGAAUGAAGCCCUUGUUGCUUUGGCACUAAUAGCAGCUUUAGAGUUGAGCACUGCUGAGAAAGAUCUAGAAAGUGCUAAACUUGUACAGAAUUCACACAGACUGCUGGAAGAUGAAAGAAGUGCUCCGGAAAUCAAAUAUAAUUCCACGGUCCUUAUUUGUGCUCUCAUGGGAUCUGAAUCUCUACAAAAGGAAGUACAGGAUUUGGCCUUUCUAGAGGUUGUAUCUAAACAUCGCAGUCAUGCAUCCACCUUCCCAGCCACUGUCCCAGAACACGCCAUCAUGCUGGGAUCAGAGCGCUCCCACCCCGGUAUCAGGAGCACAUGGGCGGGGGACCCAGGAGGCUCCGGGGAACUGCCGAUCUGA